UAAAAGAGAAAGCAUGGUUCUUCUCUUCAGUUGGUGGUUGAAGCUGGAAGGAGAAUUCAUUCCCUGUUUUCCAACUUCAAUUGUGAAAUCAAGCUAGAAAGAACCUCUCUCGAAGUCUUUCAUCACUGUCUCUCCUCUCUAUCUCUCAUAUAUAUUCACAUGGAGAAGAGUAUCUCUCACGAAGACGUAUGUCUUCACAUGGAGAAGAGUAACUCUCAUGAAGACGAAAAGCCAAGGCAGCCUCAGAACCCUCCACCUGAAGCCGAUGAAAGUGAUGAAAUCAAACCUGCAGCUAUUAUCAGCAUCAAUGACUUCUUCAGGGAAUUCCUCGGGGAGUCCAAGAAGCUCUGGCGCCUUGCUGCUCCUGCCAUCUUCACCUGCCUUUGCCAGUACUCUCUUGCCGCUGCCACUCAGGUCUUCGCCGGCCACCUCGGAGCCAUGCAACUCGCCGCCGUCUCUGUCGGGAACUCCGUCGUCUCCGGUUUGGCUUUCGGCAUCCUGAUGGGGAUGGGGAGCGCCCUGGAGACGCUAUGCGGGCAAGCCUUCGGAGCAGGGCAGCUGCCCAUGUUAGGGAUCUACAUGCAGAGGUCAUGGGUUAUUCUCAUAUCGGCCUCAAUACUGAUGAUGUUUCUCUUCAUUUUUGCCGGCCCAAUUCUGAGCUUCAUAGGCCAACCUGCCGAUAUAUCCAAAGCCACAGGAACUUUCUCGCUGUGGAUGAUUCCUCAGCUUUUCGCUUUCGCAAUGGUGUUUCCUCUUUCAAAAUUUCUGCAAGCGCAGAGGAAGAUGAAGGCAAUGGCCGUGAUAUCGGCCGUUGCGCUUGUUUUGCAUGUGUUCUUUAGCUGGCUGGUGAUGGUGAAGCUGGGGUGGGGACUGGGCGGCGCCGCCGCGGUGCUGGACUCUUCUUGGUGGAUCAUAGUGGUGGCGGAGGUCUUGUACAUCUUUAGUGGGGCUUGUGGCGAAACUUGGUCAGGGUUUUCAUGGCAGGCCUUUCACGGGCUGUGGGGAUUCGUCAAGUUAUCCCUUGCAUCGGCUGUAAUGCUGUGCCUUGAAUUUUGGUAUUUUAUGGCAUUGAUUCUCUUCGCUGGAUACUUGAAGAAUGCAAAAGUUGCUGUGGAUGCCUUGUCCAUAUGCAUGAACAUAUUGGGCUGGGCAAUCAUGGUAGCCUUCGGAUUCAACGUAGGCAUAAGCGUAAGGGUGUCAAAUGAACUAGGGGCCGGACGGCCAAGAACAGCAAAAUUUGCAGUGGUGGUGGCCGCAGCAACAUCGCUCUUCGUUGGGCUAUUCAUGGUUCUUGUGUUGCUCAUCUUCCGGAAGCAGUAUUUACCCAUGUUCUCCGACAACAAGGAGGUUCAGCAGCUCGCGUACAAGCUCACCCCAUUGCUAGGGGCCAGUAUUGUCAUCAACAACAUCCAACCAACCCUUUCCGGUGUGGCCAUUGGAGCAGGUUGGCAAGCUUAUGUUGCAUAUGUGAACAUAGGGUGCUACUAUUUGUUUGGCAUUCCAUUGGGCCUGGUGUCUGGUUACAGAUUUCACUUGGGUGUUAAGGGUAUUUGGUACGGUAUGCUGUGCGGAACAGGUUUACAGACCUGCGUCCUACUCUGGAUGAUUUAUCACACAAACUGGAACAAAGAGGCCUCCGUAGCUGGAGAUAGAGUAAGGCGCUGGGCCUGGAGGGUGGAUCGCAAGAAGAAUGAUGAAAGAAGCGGCCGCGGGCAACUAAGUUCAGAAUGUGAACUCUGAAGCAUCAGCCGCAGAAUGUGGUGACAUCAAGGCUGUGGUGUUUUGCUGCUUUGUUUUCUUUUUGAAGUUUUAUCGGGUGAAGACACUAAUCUUUAAGCUUUUGCAUCUGUCAGGACCCUACGGUGAUUAGGGUAGUAAGAGGUUGUAACAAUAAGCUGUUGGUAUAGUUGUAAGGUUGUAACAAAUAACACUAGGAGCUGAGAAAGUUAAGCGGUUGUAACAGUUGAGGAUAAGCCUAUAGAAGGGCCUUUCCCUCUCAACAA